GCAAACAUCCAAACUUCGUGUGGAUUUUAAGCGGUAUUGGUAGUAGUUAUUGUCGUUCCGCCGCCGCGUGAAGUCAGAUUCCUCCGACCUCCCGAUUGAACAGCACGCGACACUCGCUUGAGAAGCAAAAGCUAAAGAAAACAACAACAACAAGAAUAAGUAGUGGGAAAUUUGCAAAAGGAAAGAGGAAGAAGGAAGCAAACGGAAGGAACGGCGAACGGCGAAGCAAAACAAAUCGAGCGACGAAAAGCGGUGUGCAACGAAAUGAAGGUCUGCUGCAUUGGCGCUGGUUAUGUCGGUGGUCCGACCUGCGCGGUUAUGGCGCUCAAAUGCCCCGAUAUCGUGAUAACCCUGGUGGACAAGAGCUCCGAGCGGAUUGCCCAGUGGAAUUCGGAUAAAUUGCCCAUUUACGAGCCCGGCUUGGAUGAGGUGGUGAAGAAGUGUCGCAAUGUGAACCUGUUCUUCUCCACGGACAUCGAGACGGCCAUCAAGGAGGCGGACCUCAUCUUCAUCUCGGUGAACACGCCCACAAAAACCUGCGGCAAUGGCAAGGGCCGAGCGGCAGACCUCAAGUACGUGGAGAGUGCAGCCCGGAUGAUCGCGGAGAUCGCACAGUCCAACAAGAUUGUGGUGGAGAAGAGCACGGUGCCCGUGCGGGCGGCGGAGAGCAUCAUGCACAUACUGCGGGCGAACCAGAAGCCGGGCAUCCACUACGACAUUCUGUCCAAUCCCGAGUUCCUGGCCGAGGGCACCGCCAUCAAUGACCUGCUGAAUGCGGAUCGCGUGCUGAUCGGCGGCGAGGAGACGCCCGAGGGCCACCAAGCGGUGGAGAAGCUGUCGUGGAUCUACGAGCACUGGAUACCCAAGCAGAACAUCCUCACGACCAACACGUGGAGCAGCGAGCUGUCCAAGCUGGCGGCAAACGCAUUCCUCGCCCAGCGAAUCUCAAGCAUUAAUUCGCUGUCGGCGGUGUGCGAGGCCACCGGAGCGGAUGUCUCCGAGGUGGCGCGGGCCGUGGGUCUGGACUCUCGCAUCGGUUCCAAGUUCCUGCAAGCCUCCGUGGGAUUCGGCGGCAGCUGCUUUCAGAAGGACAUCCUCAACCUGAUCUACAUCUGCGAGAACCUCAAUCUGCCCGAGGUGGCCGCCUACUGGCAGCAGGUGAUCGACAUGAACGAGUACCAGAAGCGGCGAUUCUCGCAGAAGAUCAUCGAGAGUUUGUUCAACACGGUGUCUGAUAAAAGGAUAGCGAUCUUGGGCUUUGCCUUCAAGAAGAAUACGGGCGAUACGCGCGAAACGGCCGCAAUAACCGUAUGCCAAACUCUACUCGAGGAGGGCGCCGCACUGGAUAUCUACGAUCCUAAGGUGGAACCGGAGCAGAUCAUAGACGAUCUCACGCAUCCCAGUGUCACGGAAUCGCCGGAGAAGGUGAAGAAGGCGGUGCAGAUCCACAGUGAUCCCUACAGCGCGGUGCGAGCCACACAUGCCUUGGUCAUCUGCACGGAAUGGGAUGAGUUUGUCGAUCUGGACUUUAAGCGAAUAUACCAGUCCAUGAUGAAGCCGGCUUACAUCUUCGAUGGCCGCAAGAUCCUCGACCACGAGCGACUGCAGCAGAUCGGCUUCCACGUCCAGACCAUCGGCAAGAAGUACCAGCGCACUGGACUCCUACGCUCGUGGGGCAUUGUGCCGCAGCUUUAGGCGCGUCGAACGGCGGAUGUGGUGGCAUUCACACUUAAAGUUGGCGAAAUUUCCAGUAUUUGCGAGACUACAUUGUAAAAAUGCGUAUUUUUUUCUGUAUCUGAGUGUGUGUUAGAUUGGGUCGAUUGAGAGGAUAGCCACUAGAUAAGACCAAAAGCAAUAUUUAAUCACAUCUUGGACAAUUAGACGUUCACUUUGGCGCUGCUUAAGUUGAAGAGUAUAUCGCAAUUUAUAAUGUUUAAGUGAAAAGUAAAGUUGAAUUCUUGAAGUUUGUAUAUUAGUUUCUAAAGAAAGUAAGCUUUUAAAACAUUUCUGUAUAUAAUAAGAAAGCGUAAUACUUAUUUGAACACGAUUAAGGCAAUAUUUAACCACAAAGUUAUAAAACGUAGCGUUUUUUUUUAGAUACCCCCUCUGAACAGACAAUAUUAUAAUUUCCCCAUAUCGACCCAAGCUAACGAGUGUGUUUUUAAAUAGUUAAAGUAUUCAACUAGGCACACCCGAAAGGGAAACCCUCAAACCGUAUUUGUAUUCAUAUUCCUAUUCCCCUGUCGAUCCGCCACUCGAGGAUCGGUAGUUGCAAUAUAAGUCCCUGCAGGACAAUCCCCUCCUGCGGCAGGCCAAUAAAAAUCAGCAUUUACACGAGAGCAUGUAAAUUUUAUAAUAAAAACAA